AUGGAAAAUGAUUUUGAAAUUAUAGUGUGGGACGACGUGAUCGGCGAGCCGGAAGGCGCUCGCAGUCCCGAAUGCGCGUGGCGGCUCAGCGCCUACUGCUUUCAGCACGCGCGGGACUGGUGCUACACGGGGCUGGCCGUGCUGGCCGCGCCACCCUGCGCGCUGGCCAUGGGGUGCUGCUUCGCGUGCUUGGCUUUUGAGCAAAUAUGGUGUGUAGCCCCGUGCACCCGCUGCCUGAAGAUCUACCUGGCGUCUGUGCGGACCAUAGUGCAGGCGUGCAUGUCCGCCUGCGUGGUUCCCGUGGCCGAAGCCGUCGGCCAUCUUUGCCGCCAUAUUCGAGUCAACUUCCGGAAAGACUCACCGGAAGCAAAGGAUAUGCUUAUUGUGUAG